AUGAUCUCGUCGCCUGCCCCUGUCACCUCCCAACCAGGUGCAGACCUCAAUAGAACCACUUCUCGUCGGCGAGGCCUGAGCUACCUGCGUGCUUUGUCACACAGUCGUCCCUCUGGCGGGGCCAGCCCGAGCGAACCCUCACGGUCUCCGAGGCAUUAUUUCCAACGAUCUCACAGCCACAACGAUACUCGAGCAGAGCCUCCGACCACUACCCGUCGAAGAAGUGCUUCACGGCCGAACGAGCCUACGACCCCGCUAGUAAUCCACCCUCGUCUGGUCAGCACCUCUCAGGACGAUACGAGUCCCUCGACCCCUUCGGCUGCAGAACGCCCAAUUCAGCAGGGCGCUGACGAGGUGGACUCGAGACCAGAGACAUUCGAGCAGAAUACCACAGACGAGAUGGCAAGACACAGAAACUCGGCAUCUCGACGUAAUACAACCAGCAACCCGGCUGCCGAUAGUGCAGUAACGGAAGGAUCAGAGCCUGCCUCGCGGCCCACGAACACGAGAAGAAAGACAACGGGGACCAAGGGAGACACACACGAUGGAGAAUCUAAACAUCAACUGCCUACCAUACGCUUCUACCCUCACCAAGAAAUGAGGAAUGGCCGGCCCUCUCUCACAUUUGCCCCCAUCUCAAGGACGUUGCCCAGCGAACAGUCUAUAAUCCGAGUCGGUCGGUACUCGGAGCGAGAAGGGAUCCCGGAAGCAAAUCCCAACACGCCAUCCGACGCGCCUGUGGGCUUCAAAUCCAAAGUGGUCAGUCGCAAACACUGCGAGUUCAGCUUUGUGGACGGUCAAUGGCAGAUCAGAGAUGUCGCCAGUUCCUCCGGGACGUUUCUCAACCACAUUAGGCUCAGCCAGCCAAAUACAGAGUCCAGAUUGUUUCCAAUCAAGGACGGGGAUAUUGUGCAGCUGGGUAUCGAUUUUCGAGGAGGCGAAGAGAUGAUCUUCCGUUGCGUCAAAAUUCGGAUCGAGUGCAAUCGGGCGUGGCAGAAGAAACCAAACAACUUCAAUAAAAGCAGGCAUCAGCAACUACAAAGCCUCGCCAAGGACCAGUUGUCGACGAACGCUAACAGUGGUGAAUGUGCCAUCUGUCUUGGCUCAGUUCUGCCUUGUCAAGCCUUAUUCGUGGCUCCCUGUGCCCACUGCUGGCAUUACAAAUGCAUUCGUCCUUUACUCGAGGGCAGAAACAGCUCAUAUCCACAAUUCCAGUGCCCGAACUGCAGGGCAUACAGCGACUUGACAGCUGACGUGGACGUUGCUCAAUCCGACAUCGAUGAAUGGAUGGAAAAUACAGACGAUGCAGAAAACCAAACGGGUGAUGCAGAUGGCGGCACCAAUAACGACACCGAUGCCAAUGCCCUGCCACGUACAGACGGCAAUGUCACCAGCGAAGCCAGUGAGGUAGACACGAAUGCCGCGAUUGAUACCAUAGAUGUCGAUAUCACCACAACAGAUAUCGUCCCGGACGACCUCCCUGUGACUACACAUAGCCGUGAAGGAGACUCGGACAACAACCCCUCUCCGUUGCCACCUCGAACCUCCGGACUUCUGGCACGGAGACACGCUGCAAAUCCAGCCUCGGUCGGCUUACAUACCAUGAACGGUAGUAUUGACAUGCCUGACCAACCAGAUGGGGACGAGAUGGGCGUCCACCUCGAAGCUACCAGGACGCAAACUCCAGAUAUUGAACAUAUCAUCGCAGGGGAAGGGCCGCUCACCCCCAGAAAUAACGCUGGGCCAUUUGUAUUUGAUGGAAGCGCUGGUCGAUCCGAUGCUGGACAUUUGAUGGUCCCCGGGAUUCCUGAAGUCACCAGUCAGGAUGCGUCUCGCUCGUGA